AUGGCUACAACUUAUGAAAUAUUAAAAUUAGUUAUUCGUACAGCCAAUAAUAAUUAUGUUGAUUUUCCUACGGAACUAUUAUCGUCAUUAACUGUUUAUGACCUUAAAAAACAUAUAGAAUUAAAUCAUCCAGCUAAACCAAGUCCUGAACAUCAACGUUUAGUUUACUCGGGAAAAUUACUUGCUGAUGAAAAUAAUCUUAAUCAAAUUUUUAAUAAACCGAACUCGGAAUCAUCAGCUAUGAUUCAUCUUGUUCUUCAUUCUGAUCAAGAAGAAUUCAUGCCAAUAAGUUCUCAAAAAUCAACAAAAAAAUCGUCAUCUGUUUCUUUACAUUCCACUGUUUAUGAUCAAUAUGUAAAUGCAUUAGAUCAAUAUCAACAACAACUACAACAAUUUAUAGCCAAUUCAAAUGAAUUCUUAUACAUACCGAAUUGUGAAACACAUAAUUAUUUACAGUACUGUUAUACACAUCACCAAUUGCAUCAAAAUUAUUUAGUUCGUCAAAGACCGGUAACAUCCCAUAGAUCUAAUCGUGAUAACCAAACAGCAACAACAAAUGUUCCAUUAACACCACCACCACCACCACCAAUGGUGAAUAAUAAUAAUGGAUUUAAUCUACAAUACGAUGCAUUCAGAACACUACAGAUCGUAAUAGAAAUUGUUAUGCUUAGCUCCAUUAUUUAUUAUUAUGGCACAUUAGAUAAUUUUCUAUUAGUUCUUUUUAUUCUUUUAUUGGCAUAUUUACGUCGUCGUGGCUAUUUCUCGAUUCAACGACAUCAACGAGUGCCACCGAUCAUCGAACGAAGAAUAAAUGAAGAAAGACAAAAUCCUGAAGAUGUACAACAAGAACAAUCUCCAUCAGUUGGAUCUCAUCAAGCCGCACCCGUUGUUGAAAACCGAAUCACAACAAGUCGUCUACUACUAACAGCCAUAUUAACAUUUUUUUCGUCAUUAUUUCCGGAGAGAAUACAAAGAAAUUAA